CAGCUCCAGCCUAGGCAGCGGCAGCAGGAAGCGACCUCUGCUCGCCCCGCUGUGCAACGGGCUCAUCAACUCCUACGAGGACAAAAGCAACGACUUCGUCUGCCCUAUCUGCUUUGAUAUGAUUGAGGAAGCAUACAUGACGAAGUGUGGCCAUAGCUUUUGCUACAAGUGUAUUCAUCAGAGUUUGGAGGAUAAUAAUAGAUGUCCCAAGUGUAACUAUGUUGUGGAUAAUAUUGACCAUCUGUAUCCUAAUUUCUUGGUGAAUGAACUCAUUCUCAAACAGAAGCAAAGGUUUGAGGAAAAGAGAUUCAAAUUGGACCACUCAAAUGGCCACAGGUGGCAAGUAUUUCAGGAUUUGUUGGGAACCGACCAAGAUAACCUUGAUUUGGCUAAUGUCAACCUUAUGUUGGAGUUACUAGUGCAGAAGAAGAAACAACUGGAAGCAGAAUCACAUGCAGCCCAACUACAGAUCCUUAUGGAAUUCCUCAAGGUUGCAAGAAGAAAUAAGAGAGAGCAACUGGAGCAGAUCCAAAAGGAAUUAAGUGUUUUGGAAGAGGAUAUCAAAAGAGUAGAAGAAAUGAGUGGCCUGUACUCUCCUGUCAGUGAGGACAGCACGGUGCCUCAGUUUGAAGCUCCUUCUCCAUCACACAGUAGUAUUAUUGAUUCCACAGAAUACAGCCAACCUCCAGGUUUCAGUGGCAGUUCUCAGACAAAGAAACAGCCCUGGUAUAACAGCACAUUAGCAUCAAGACGAAAACGACUCACUGCUCAUUUUGAAGACUUAGAGCAAUGUUACUUUUCUACAAGGAUGUCUCGUAUCUCAGAUGACAGUCGAACUGCAAGCCAGUUGGAUGAAUUUCAGGAAUGCUUAUCCAAGUUCACUCGCUAUAAUUCAGUACGACCUUUGGCUACAUUGUCAUAUGCUAGUGAUCUCUAUAAUGGCUCCAGCAUAGUUUCCAGUAUUGAAUUUGACCGGGAUUGUGACUAUUUUGCAAUUGCUGGGGUUACAAAGAAGAUUAAAGUCUAUGAAUAUGACACAGUCAUUCAGGAUGCGGUGGAUAUUCAUUACCCUGAAAAUGAAAUGACCUGCAAUUCCAAAAUCAGCUGUAUCAGUUGGAGUAGUUACCAUAAGAACCUGUUAGCCAGCAGUGAUUAUGAAGGCACGGUCAUUCUGUGGGAUGGAUUCACAGGACAGAGGUCAAAGGUCUAUCAGGAGCAUGAGAAGAGGUGUUGGAGUGUUGACUUUAAUUUAAUGGAUCCUAAACUCUUGGCUUCGGGUUCUGAUGAUGCAAAAGUGAAGCUAUGGUCUACCAACCUAGACAACUCAGUGGCGAGCAUUGAGGCGAAGGCUAACGUGUGCUGUGUUAAAUUCAGCCCCUCUUCCAGAUACCAUUUGGCUUUCGGCUGUGCAGAUCACUGUGUUCACUACUAUGAUCUUCGUAACACUAAACAGCCAAUCAUGGUGUUCAAAGGACACCGAAAAGCAGUCUCUUAUGCAAAGUUUGUGAGUGGUGAGGAAAUUGUCUCUGCCUCAACAGACAGCCAGCUAAAGCUGUGGAACGUAGGGAAGCCAUACUGUCUACGUUCCUUCAAGGGUCACAUCAAUGAAAAAAACUUCGUAGGCCUCGCUUCCAAUGGGGAUUAUAUAGCUUGUGGAAGCGAGAACAACUCUCUUUACCUGUACUAUAAAGGACUUUCUAAGACUUUGCUAACUUUUAAGUUUGAUACGGUCAAAAGUGUUCUGGACAAAGACCGAAAAGAAGAUGAUACAAAUGAAUUUGUUAGUGCUGUGUGCUGGAGGGCACUGCCAGAUGGGGAGUCCAAUGUGCUGAUUGCUGCUAACAGUCAGGGUACAAUUAAGGUAAGAUAUUUUAUACAUCUCCAUCUUAAACUCAGAUCCAUUUUUGACUAUAACAUGAAAAUAUAGAGUUGUACUCAGCCUUAGAGAUCAUGCCAAGUCAUGGGUCUCUGUCUGCUUGGAAGUGGCUUUGAUUAAAGGGGAAAAGAACAGGUAGUUUGCAGCUAUGGAGAAGAUGGUAGUACUUGUAAGAGGUUAUGUGAAAGCUGAAGGGACUGAAAGGCAGUCAGAGUGAAAAACAGAUGAAAGCUGUUAAUUAAGCGUUCACUGUGGGCCAGGCACUGUUUAGCUUCUGUUAGGCCAGUGCAGCCACCUCACAGGGUAUUCAAUGGACAAGACCCAAGAUAUAGCAGGGGAUGCUUACACAUUCACCAGAUUUUAAAAUGUCUUACUCAUAUUUUAAACUUAUCUCCUUGUGUUUCUCUUCCAUGGCAAGUAGACUUUUCCUCAGUUGCCCAGGAAGAAAAGGUAUUCCGGUGUUCACUUGAAAAUUGAUCAUGUGAUUAUGUCGUUAGUGUAAUCUGAAAACUUCCAUGUCUCUUCACACACAGUCUCAUUCCCCAAUUAAUACAUAGUUUUCCACAUGCCUUUCUUUGUAGUUAGAAUUUCAAGGAAGUAAAAAUGUUACCUAGUUAUACCAUUAGAUACUCGGCACUUGGGCACAAUACGUUGGAUAAAUGAAUGCUGAACUAAGCAGUGAAACUUGUAAACAAAGCACCAUUUUAGAGGAGGUUUUUAGUACAUGGGUUUGAUCAGCACUUUUCCUGUGGGUACCAGUUCUUUCUACAUAUUCUCUGCUGAUACAGAUGUAUCAGGAAGUAUUUUUUAUUAAUAUGUAUCUGUUUCCCCCACCACUUGGCAUUGAUUUCGCUGUGGCUGCCUUGCACUCAUCCUGAGUGGAGAAUGACCCAGCAACCAGGAGAGCAAGUCCAAGCCUCACACAUUGUCCUGUGUAGAUGAAAUGAGCAGACUUGAAGCAGAAUUGCACUGUUAGCUGGGCAAAUUAAUUUACAUGUAUUCUUUUUAUGGAGCUGGUUUCUGUAUUUGGAAAGCCUCGUUAGAGAGCUAUGGAUAACUUAAAUGAAAGCCAGGCUUUUGAGUUGAUCAGUGCUAUGUUCUGGAAGCCUCAAGCCAGAUGGUAGAAGGUCUUGAUCUGUUUUCAGUGUCUCUCUAUAGUAUCUCAGUUUCUCUUCAUUUUAUUCUCAUGGCAAGGCAUGUAUCAAAAAAGCUGUACCUUAUUCUUCAACAAGUUUGGCUUCUGAAGCCAUUGGGAUUGCUUAUGCAUCUACAGAAAGCUCAAAGCUACAUAUGUACUUAGAGAAUCUCUGUCACAAAUCUAAAAUUUCUGUGUAACAGCAUUGCCCUCUUAUGUUAAGUAACCUGCUUGCCACAGUGGAAAGACAAAAAGCAUAUGGAUGCACGGGUAUAAGUCGAGCCUUAGCGCAGCAGGAGAUAAAUUGCUCCUUUAAUUUUUUGCCACCUGGAAUUGGUCUCCACCUAACGUGAUCCUUUUUGACAAUGUUCAUAAUUGCCCUCAUGUUCGAUGUUCUUUCUCAGCCAUUUCUUCUACUCUUUUUAUAACUGAUCAUUGCUGCUUCUUAUUUUUAGUUGUAGCGAUAUCACAACUUUCUUGUAUGACAAGGUACUACUUUAACUCUAAUAACGAACAAAAUAUCUUGAUACCAGAUGAUUGACUAGAAGAUAAAGGAAGCAACAGAAGAAGACAAGAUUUUGGGUCCUGUUUACUUUGAUCACUAUGAACUGUUUAUCAAUGCAAGAAAUAAAUAGAUUCAAAUUCUAAAUAGCAGUAUUUAGAAUUUUUCUCAAGAAUGUAGAAAGAUACCAACGUUUAUUCUAAAAAUGUUAACGUUCAUGCUAUGCAUCAGCCAAUUCUUUUAUCGAUGUGUUUUAUGUAGUUUAUCUGGGAGGCUCCCUAGUUAACUGUGGAGAUAACUAAUCUGAGAGGGUUCGUGCAACUAUGG